AUGGCUUUAAUCGAGAUUUCAAGAGAUUACGGAUACGUGAUCGUUACUGGCAUCGCCUCGUUGUUCAUGACCACUUACCUCGGUGUUAAAGUGGGUUCCGCUCGAAAGAAGGCGAUGGUCCCUUAUCCUAAUAUGUACGCUAGCCGAGAAGAAUCAGAAAAGGAUCGCAAUAAAUUGAUCUUCAAUUGUUAUCAAAGAGCUCACCAGAAUACCCUUGAAAACUAUCCACAGUUUCUUUUCACUCUCCUGAUAGGCGGUUUGAAAUACCCACUUCUUUCGUCAAUUGGUGGUGGAAUCUACAUUUUAGGUCGCCUGAUGUACGCUUGGGGUUAUCAGACUGGUGAUCCAACUAAAAGGCAUCGAGGUACAUUCGGUUACAUCGGUACUUUGAUAUUAGGCGGUACCUCGAUUGCCACAGCCGUUAGUUUAUUAACUUAA